AUGACGACUAUUCAACCUUUUGAAGCUACCGACCUCUUUAAACUAAAUAAUGUUAAUUUAGAUACUUUAACAGAAAACUUCCCAAUGGAAUUUUAUUUUGAAUAUUUGAUACUAUGGCCUGGUUUGUUUUUCAAGAGUGUGGAGGAGACAGUAAAUGUUAAGAACAGUAACCAUAAUAUAUCUGGUUACAUGAUGGGUAAGACUGAAGGUAAGGGACAAGAUUGGCAUACGCAUAUUACAGCAGUUACUGUGUGUCCUGAAUUUCGAAGAAUUGCACUUGCAUCAAAAUUAUGUAAUUCAUUAGAGGCAAUCACAGAUUCGUCGCCCCAUAAUGUUAAUUUUAUUGAUCUUUUUGUUAAAUGUAACAACACAUUAGCCAUAAAACUUUACGAGCAAUUGGGAUAUGAUGUCUUUAGAAGAGUUGUUGGUUAUUACAAUCAACCGUCAGAUGGAUAUCCUGAAACUUUAAAGAAAAUAAACGACGAUAAAGAUGCAUUUGAUAUGCGUAAAGGUAUGGCAAGGGAUAAAGGAAAGAGUGUAAGGACAGAUGGUAGAAAACAUAAAUGUUAUCCUCAUGACGUUAAGUUUUAG